AUGCACAUACAAACUAGUCGACGAUUAUUAGCCGGAUCUGUAAAAUCUACUAAAUCAACACAAGAAGAUGAGAGCAUUCAUGAACUUUCGUUAGGUUCACUGAACGCGAGUAAAGUGAAUGAAAACGAUGAUCUCACUUUAUCAUUCCAACAACAGACACUAAGAUCCGAUGAAAAUGAAUCAGAAAGUUACGAGGCUCGCUGCCCAUGUGGUGUAAAUAAGGACGAUGGUGUGAUGAUUUUAUGUGAUGGAUGUGAUAAAUGGCAGCAUGCUGUUUGCUUUCGAAUUCUGCAAGAAGGAGACGUUCCUGCAUCACAUGUUUGUGAGGUCUGCGCUAAAUUGAAGCCUGAACUUCUUCAAACCGGAGGAAUCACAGAUGAAACUAUUCAGAACUUGGGUGUUGAAGCUAGAAAGGCCAUUUGUCUCUUUCGACGUGUAUUAGCACUGUGUCUCAACGAAGAUUCAGUCUCACCAGCUUUUAUAGCUAGAAGUCUUGGAGUAGAGUAUACCGUGGCUCGUGGAUUAUUUAAUCGUUUAAUCAAAGAGCAAGUUAUUAAAGGAGCAGGACCGCGAAGAGGUGAAAAGCUUGUUGAAAAAGAAUAUCUAGAAAAUAUUGUGUGUCCACGUUUCUUCUCUCGCAUUAGUUUGCAUGAUAAAACAUCAGUGAAACGCCCUCACGGUGCAUCAAAGUCUGUAUCAGAAAAGGAAUACGAUGAGUUAUUCAAUCCCAGCCAAGAUUCUAGAGCAUCACCAACAAUUGGUAAACGAAGAAAAAUGGAUAUGGCGAACACACCCAUAAGCGUAUCCCGUCAAUGAAUAUGCGUUUACUGAUGUCGUUUGUUAUUGAAUUGCGUUUAUAUUACGAUCAAAUUUUAUAGAUAAAAAUAUAGAAUUUACAUAAUGUUCUACAAACAAAUAUACAGUUUAUAC